CUCCUGCCGCCGCUGCCGCGCCCUGCCCCGGGCCUGGCUGCCCUCCGCCUCCAUUGCCCUCGCACUGCCCGACCGCCGUCGGCCGGCCGGAGGGAGGGAGCAUGCAGCGGGCCGCGCUCUUCAGCGGCGGCGAUGCGCAGAUGGCCGCCGGGGACCUGGGCGAGCUGCUCGUCCCCUACAUGCCCACGAUCCGGGUGCCCAAGUCAGGGGACCGGGUCUACAAGACGGAGUGUGCUUUCUCCUACGACUCGCCUGAUUCAGAAGGAGGUCUCUAUGUGUGCAUGAAUACGUUUCUGGGAUUUGGAAGGGAACACAUUGAAAGGCAUUACCGGAAAACAGGACAGUGCGUAUAUUUGCAUCUGAAACGACAUGUGAUAGAGAAGGUACCAGGGGCAUCUGGUGGAGCUUUACCAAAAAGGAGGAAUGGAACGCUAUUUUUAGAUCUAGAGACAAACGGUGAUCUCAACAGUGAUGACUUUGAAUAUGAAGAUGAAGCAAAACUUGUUCUAUUUCCUGAUCACUAUGAAAUUGCAUUACCCAAUAUAGAAGAGUUACCAGCACUGGUGACGAUAGCUUGUGAUGCACUCCUCAGCGCAAAGUCACCCUACAGAAAGCAGGAACCUGACUCCUGGGAAGAAGAACUACAGGCAUCUAAACAUGCCAAAACACUUGUACAGUUAGACAACGGUGUUAGAAUUCCCCCCAGUGGUUGGAAAUGCUCUAAAUGUGACCUGCGGGAGAAUCUGUGGCUAAACCUGACAGAUGGUUCGGUGCUGUGUGGCAAGUGGUUCUUUGAUGGCCAUGGGGGGAACGGGCAUGCAAUGGAGCACUACAAGGAGACGGGUUAUCCCCUGGCCGUGAAGUUGGGAACCAUCACGCCUGAUGGAGCAGAUGUCUAUUCCUUUGAUGAAGAGGAGCCAGUUUUAGAUCCACAUAUAGCAAAACAUCUGGCACACUUCGGAAUCGAUAUGCUACAGAUGCAAGUGACAGAAAAUGAGCUAAGAGAUAAUGAUAUAAAACCAAGAGUCUCCGAAUGGGAAGUGAUUCAGGAAGCUGGCGUGAAACUCAAGCCCAUGUAUGGCCCAGGAUACACUGGCAUGAAGAACCUGGGAAACAGCUGCUACCUCAAUGCUGUCAUGCAAGCCAUUUUCAGCAUCCCAGAGUUCCAGCGAGCGUAUGUGGGAAACCUUCCACGAAUAUUUGAUUACUCUCCGCUUGAUCCAACGCAAGAUUUCAACACUCAGAUGGCUAAAUUGGGACACGGCCUCCUUUCAGGCCAGUACUCUAAGCCACCCGUGAAAUCCGAGCUUAUUGAGCAGGUGAUGAAAGAAGAACACAAGCCUCAACAGAAUGGAAUAUCUCCCCAAAUGUUUAAGGCUUUCAUAAGUAAAGGACACCCAGAAUUUUCCUCUAAUAGACAACAAGACGCUCGGGAAUUUUUCCUACACCUUAUAAAUCUAGUAGAGAGGAACCCUGUAGGUUCAGAAAACCCUAGCGAUGUUUUCCGGUUCCUGGUGGAAGAACGCACACAAUGCUGCCAGUCCAGAAAGGUCCGCUACACAGAGAGGGUGGACUAUAUCAUGCAGUUACCUGUUGCCAUGGAGGCAGCAACGAACAAAGAUGAAUUAAUCGCCUAUGAAUUGAAGAGACGAGAAGCAGAGGCUGCAAGGAGACCUCCACCAGAGCUUGUCCGUGCCAAGAUCCCGUUUAGUGCCUGUCUACAGGCCUUUUCUGAACCCAGCAACGUAGAGGAUUUCUGGAGCAGUGCCCUUCAAGCAAAAUCUGCAGGAGUUAAGACUUCUCGUUUUGUUUCAUUUCCUGAGUACUUAGUGGUGCAGAUAAAGAAAUUUACCUUUGGCCUUGAUUGGAUACCCAAAAAGCUUGAUGUUUCUAUCGACAUGCCAGAUUUCCUAGAUAUCAGCCACCUUCGGGCCAGGGGUCUCCAGCCAGGAGAAGAGGAACUUCCAGACAUUGCUCCUCCCAUUGUCAUUCCCGAUGACCCAAAAGACCGUAUGAUGAACCAUUUCAUGGAGUCUCUAGAUAUUGAUGAGUCUUCGGUUAUGCAACUGGCAGAAAUGGGGUUUCCUUUGGAAGCGUGUCGGAAAGCUGUGUACUAUACAGGCAACCUGGGUGCUGAAGUCGCUUUCAACUGGAUCAUUGCACACAUGGAAGAACCAGACUUUGCUGAGCCAUUGGUCUUACCUGCAUUUGGAGAAGUUGCUUCCAGUGGAGCAGCUGCAUUUGGAGCUGUUGGGCUAGAUAACCAACCUCCUGAAGAGAUGGUUGCAAUUAUCAUUUCCAUGGGCUUCCAAAGGAAUCUAGCAAUUCAAGCGCUGAAAGCAACAAACAAUAACUUGGAGCGUGCACUGGAAUGGAUAUUCAGCCAUCCUGAACUUGAGGAAGAAAAUGAGCCUGCUUUGGACAUGAUGAAUAUGGAGAACAGUGCUAAUGCCAAUAUCCUUGCAGAGACAGGGUUGGAGGGACCCAGGAUCAAAGAUGGGUCUGGAAGAUAUGAGCUGUUUGGCUUCAUCAGCCACAUGGGAACAUCCACAAUGAGUGGCCACUAUGUUUGUCACCUCAAAAAAGAAGGAAGAUGGAUGAUCUACAAUGACCUUAGAGUCUGUGCCUCAGAACGACCUCCCAAAGACCUGGGCUACAUUUAUUUUUACCACAGGAUACCAAGUUAGGCCUUAAAUCUGUUACCUGGCCUUAAGAAGCCAUAUGCCUUUUUAACCUGCCCAAAAAAGCGUACAAUAAAAAUUUAAAACCAAUGAAAGACCCCCAACCCUUGGACUGCCAAAAAGCAAAGGAAAACAAGGGAUAUUUAUAGUUUAUUUAAAAACAGUCAUUUGAUGCCGCCUUAAAUAUUAGUGGGAAAAUUUCUAUUGGGUGAUGUAUAGUACAUUGUUUUCAAUUUAUACACCUUAAAGGACACCUUAAGACCAUGCAGAUUAAUGGUGGAGUUUGCAGCUACUAUAUGGAAAAAACACGAGUUUCAGAGAUGAACAAAACCAGCCCAGUUCAGCCCAGCUCCUGCUUGUUUUGUCCAGGCAUCUGUUGAAGACAACAAAGAAAUAUUUGCAUCUUUGGUAACUGGGAGACAGUAUUUUCAGCCGGAGUCCAGACCACUUAGAGAAAUCAUAUCACAUAUUAAGUUGGAGGGAGGGUUGUGUGAGUGUUCUUCAAAUCAGAAUGUCUUUUUGAGAGAUCAUUUUCAGUACUGUGAGACAAGUUAACUAAAGUGAUAGCUGUUGGAAUUCAGUUUUACAGUAUUUUGGUUUGCCUUUUGGAUGCAUAAACUUAGGAAUCUAAGGGAGAUGGAAGCAAUGUCCUGUCAGUGCCCUGUACAUUUUCUGCCAAAGACAAACAGUAGAUUUUAUUUUUGCAGACAUAGGUUUCUUCAUCUCUUGAAUGUUUGUUUUGCAAGUUCUUCCAACAGAUUCAGGAUUACAGAUGGCUAAAAGAAGCAGACUUUCUGACUAUAAACUUAAAUGCAUACCCUUAGCAAAGGCAAGGCUAUUAUUUUAUUUUAUUUCUUAUGAAAGAGGUAAAGAAGGUGUUAAUGUCCCAUUACACUUAUUUCAGGGAAAUAUGCAUCUAGAGCAUUCACAUUCCAGCUGAAAUCAACUCCCUGACAAAGUGCUCAUAGUGCAAUUCUGCUUUCUGCCAAAGGUUACUUAAAUAUUUAAUGCUAUUCGUGAGUGGGGGAAAUUGCUUAGUAAAAUAGCCAAUUUAUUGAUUUACACCUCUCUCCUCCCUCCCGAAAAGAAAAAUAAUAGAACACCUUGAAAUGAUGCUUUGGCUUUUUUAAGACUUGCAAACACACCAAUAAUUUGAUCCCUUCAACAGGCACCUUCUAAAGAGGGGGUUUUAUAUCCCUGCCAGGUAUGAAGGGGUGGGUAGGUAGGGGCUGACCUUUCCUGUCUUUUUUUGGGGGGGUGUUAUUUCAGUUUUUGUCAUAGGCAAGAAUACAUGUGUUUUUUUAAAUUGUGUUUGAAAACACUAAUUCUAGAAAAAAUAUGAUGGUGAGUGCACUAAACCUUUCAUGAUUCCAGAAAAACCCUGAAGGUUCCGUGUUGGCCACUGCUUAGAGACUGUUGCUGGAGUUGCCUCUUAUAAACUCACUGAGCCCUCAAAAUAAAUUGGAACAGUCAAAAAGAAAAAAAGUUCUCUGUAAGAAGAGUGCAAGAGAGGCAGGGAGGUGUAAUUAGAUUUUUCUCUGCAGUCAGUGCCUGCAAGUUUAAUAGCAAAAUUCAGGCAGCUACACACUGUAGAAGAGAACCCAAAUUAAAAAUCUGGUUAUGAGCAGGCCACUUUAUUUUUUCCAGUGCUUGGAGGAACAUGGUUCCCCCUCUGUAGUCAUAUGGCUUCAUGCAGAGCCAAAACCCACUUUUUUAAACCAGUUUUUGAUCUUAAAAGAUUAUGAGAGAAAUUCUAGUGCAAUAAUUCUGUAGAGAGUAAAUGGUUCCUAACUGUGGGGAAAGCUUCCUGCACUUAGUGCUCUUAUUGACACAAAAGAACAACGUCCUACAACAUUAGUAAGUGGCUCCUGUGAGAUACAGGAUGCUAGUAAUUGUUUUCCUUCUAGGUUUUGAGUAUUUGUGUGUUUCACCAGAAAAUGACAGAUUUGAAAAUGGGAUCAGCAAAUUGUGCAGUGAUACAUCUUCUAUUUAAUAUGAAAGAACAAAACUUCUGUAUAUCUAUGUUUGUGCUCUUUCAUUCUGGUAGUAGAAAAAGGACAAAAGCACUCUCUCUUUUCUUUUUAUUUUAGAUUUUUUUUAAAUGCCCAGAUAUAUUCCAAGGAAGUUCAACACAACAGCUUCCCUCUUGCCAUGUGAACUUAAAGGGCUACUUAUAAACAAGAUCUGAUGGCUGCUACCUUUUUAUUUUGAAACCUCGGGUAAAUAAAGGCCAACAGCAUUGUUCCCAUGUUCAUUAUUAAACUGGAAACAUGGCUGGUCUUGUAGGAGUAGGGAUGGAGCUUGGACUCUUAACAAACCAUUUGUCUGGUACCUCCUAAACCUGGAGUAGCUGUGGGACUGAUUGAUCUCUGUUAACAGGAGGAGCAUUUAGAAAGCUGGCGGGUGCUAAACUGGAGAUGGUGAAUGCCAGGGGAGAGCCAUUCCCUGGCUGCCAUAGGUGAACUCUAGCAGCUCGGCUUCUGAAAUUCUUUUCAGUUCAUCACUCUUGUGUGCUGCCUCCUAGACUAUCAAGUGGGUCAGAAGCGCAAGGAGCAAUUUAGGGGAAAGGCUUAUGGAUCUUCUAAAAUUUAGCACUUGAAAACAUAUUAAAAUUCUUCUUGAGGAAUUAUUAGCUCCCAAAAUAGUGGCUUCCCUUCCUUUUUUGAAAUGGCCACUUAAGUCACCUCAUUUUUGCGGUAGGAUGUGUGAAGUACAUCAUGAGUCUGGAGGCGCAGGAUGUAAACUCCUGACUCUUCAGCUUAAAGUGAGGGUGAGGAGUUUGGGUUUUUUGUUUGUUUUUUAAGCACAAUCAGACUGUACUGAAAAAGCAACUAAUUUAUCAGGCUUUGCUUGCUAAAAUUUGUAUGCACUUAAUUGCGUUGGGUCAGGCCUCAGUGCACAGCCUGGGCAGUGGCUGAUGAGGAAACUCCAUGUGCCUGGGUACUGUAAGAGCUGUUUUGGGGCUGGGUGUGCUGAGAGCUGCUUGACAAAAAGGAAUAGAGGAAGAAAAAUCACUGUGAGCUGUUUGAGACAAUCUAACCUGAGAAUUACGGCAAGCCAGGACUCGGCAACAAAUAAUGCUUUUAUUUCUCAGACUCAUUUUUAUUUUUUCAUAUGGUACAUUGAGGUUAGGAGAGUGGAGGGAAGAAAAACUCAGCAACUUCUCCUUGUCAUCCUUUUUCCCCUCUCAUUCUUAGCAGCAUGCUGGAUCUGGUAGAGCCUUUGUUUUGAGUCAUAAUCUCCAGUCUCCAAAACACAUGUAGACACAAACUCCGAAAUAAUGUCUUCAAAGCUAUGGUCUAAAAAGUAGCCUAUAUGUUUCUGGGCUGCUAUCACUUCUAAUUCUGCUGGGUUCAGUAACAUUAAUUCUGACUCUCUUUGGUGUAACUGAAGCCAGAGUCAGUCCAUUUUCUUUGAUUCAGGCAGCCUCCCCUGGGUCAUAGUGCACAUUCUGAAUACAGAUGCAACCACAGCUCAUUAAGUUGUUGUAGAAGCAUCUCCAAUUCAUUCCUUUUGUUCUCCAUCCUGACAACAGCCUCUUUUAUCUCUGAUGUUUUCAUACACUGGAAGACUAUGCAAAAUAUGUAACUGGACAUAACUUUUUAUUCUCUUCCCAUCAUCCUUCCUACCUUAAUGGCUGAGAUCAGUUUUUCAUUUCUAUUCACUCCUCAGUGGUUUUACUGUUGUAUCCUGGAAGUGUCUGUACUGGUUUACUUUGCACCAUUCGGAGUUGUUUGCUUGAAGCACUGUUAACAUUUUGGAAAGUAUUUGUCUGAGAUGAGAAAGGUUGUGAAUGACAUUGUUGCAACUGUUUUAAAUUAAAAAGAAAUAUUCUCACA